ACGAUUACGUCACGAUAAUCUCCAGAGCGAUGCUGCUCGCGUUUUCUUUGCAUUAUCGAAAUAUUUUGAACUUAACAGUUUCAAUCUUUUUUUUUUUUCGUGUUUAAUUCUGAUAUCAACGAUGGCUAGGCCAAUACCGCCGACCCACCGACACGUUAGUACCGUCGUUAGUACCGCUGAUACCUAAUACCAGUAGCCAUAUCGCGGUUAACUCGCGGGCUCGCUUGAACGGCGAUAAGGGCAUGCGAUACAUCGUUCCUUUGGACGUGUCAACACUGCUGCUGUCAUCAGAAUGCCCGUAAUCAGUUUUCCGAAGCAGAGAAACGUCGUUCCGCGAAAUAACAUCACCGAGAGGCCGACAUUCCGCUCCUUGUACCAGGAACUGUGUCAGAACAGCUACCUGUGCCCUCGUCGAACCUUGCUAUCGAGGAUUCCGGAUGACGACGUGCUCGAUUUGUUCGUGGACAACAUCAGAACCGACGAUUGGAAGCCUUUGCUUCAAGCGCUUCGAUCGGGCGGCAGUUUAAAGGUCAUUUCUUUCAAGUCCUCGUUCCUCAGCGACUACCCCGAGGUCGUCGCUGACGUGACCCGCCUGCAACUUGUCCGCAACGUUCAAAGGGACGUCCGCGUCCCUCAUCUCUUCACGCCGACGAACCUGCGUGACUUCUGCUCUGCUCUUGCGGAGCACAUGAAGAACAAUGCCAGCCUGGAAGUCUUGAAACUCCACGGCUUCCCCUUUUCGGUCGUGCACAUCCAAGAAAUGUCCUCGGGUCUUCAUGCGGCCACAUCCCUGAGGCAGCUGAGCUUCAAUGGCUGUCCCCUUGGAAAGCAGUGCUUAGAAGCCCUCUGCCAGGGCCUGCGCGGCAGCACCGGGCUGCGGGUGCUGAGCCUGUGCGGCUGCCAGGUGGACGGGGCGGGGGCCGAGCCCCUGGGGUCCCUGCUGCGGCUGCAGGGACUGCGUCGCCACGGGGAUGCCUGGAAGCAAUGUCUAAGGGACCGGCCCCUGCUGCUGGAUGGCCUGGGGGGCCUGGCACGGCUCAGCCUCAACAACAGCCCCCUCGGGGAUACCGGGGUCGUCGCCCUUGUGGCGGCCCUCGGAGACGACGUCUGGGUUCGGGCGUUGGACCUACAAAACUGCGCGAUUGGAAAUGCGGGCGCAACUGAACUGCUGGAGCUUUUGACAAACAACAUUGUGCUAGAAGUCGUGGACAUCCGUCGUAACCCAGACAUUGACGCGAGUCUUGCCGCAGCCAUCUCUCAAAAAAUCGAGGCUAAUCGCAGUGAAAGGAAGUGUGAGUUUCACCUCCUGCCUUUGGACAAGAGCAGUGUGGUGCGAGGGGAGCAGCUGCACGUGCGGAGUCGGUCAACAGGCAGGCUGGAAGAGGUGAGACGGCCGAAAGGGAAGGCGAAGUGUCGCUGGUCGUCCCUGGAUCGUGGCACUAGGAAAGAAGGUGGCAGGGGGGUCAGGUCCCCUUCUCCCAAUCCGGCUGUCGGACGGACCCGGGCAUGGCUGCAGGGGAAAGGCACACCCCCGGCCAAGCAGAGCAGAGCACACAAGAGUGGCCUCGAGGAAGAACUUCAUAUCUGCCAAGAGAACCUUAAAAAGGAGCAAGCCCUUCGACAACAGGCUCAAGACAAACUGCUUGAACUGUUUGAAGAAAAUCGCCAGUUGCGGGCUGGGCACAAGUGGAAUCAGCCAGGGUGCACUGUCAUCGAAACCUCUCUCCUGAAUUACAUCGAGAACACCUUCACCAGGCUUCUCCAGUUUUUGAAAGUAAUGAACAAAAAAAGUCCAUUUUUAGACGACGUUCAUCCCAAGAAGCCCGAAAGGAGUGAAAACGGAAACAAAGUCAUCCGACGGGAGACCAAGACACUUCUGGAAGGAAAUCCUUCAAUGAGAAGCGCGAACCAAGACUCUCAAGCUCGCGUCCUAGCUGAGCCAGAAAACGGCAGUGUGCCUAGUGCAGUAACCUCGGCGUCAAAGUCUUACGCACCCUUGAACCCGCACUUAUUCCAAUCGUUCAUUGCAAGCAGGGCCGAAAAGAUAAUCUCCGACAUCAAGAGCAGGCAAGGCAGCAUCAGCGACCGCAGUGCCACCGGCACCUCAUCGGUUGUUGAGAAACAGAGCAGAAAAUAUCACAAAGGCACUUCGUAUGCAGCUGACCCGUCCAAAUUCGCACCAUCGUAUGUGGAAAACCGUUCGACAACAAACGCCGCCGGUGGACAAUCCCUCCAAGAUACCUCUUCGAAACAUCUUGCAGAAAUCUUGGGUAUGGGUAACAUUCCGUCCAAACUUCACCCAAGUCCCACCGGGUCUCCCGUGUUCUCCCUCCUCGAAAGCGAAGCAGCCUCCAGUCAGUACAAGUCCGACUUUUUGCCUAGCAGCUCGAGAGUGUCGACCUUGUCAAAAUCGGACGAGAAAGACCGUCUCGCCUCUCGGCACGGCUCCAGCACCUCCUUGCAAGGACUUACGAGUCGUCAUCCAGCUUCGAAAGAGCACCACAACACAGAAGCCAGUGCAAAAUCAUCUUCGAAAAACUCAAAAUCCUCGCAGGGCACUAGUGUGGCAUCCUCAAUCUACGAAGAAGUGACCUCCGAAGACUCCAUUCUUUCCAGCAGCAAGGAUCGGUCAGCGCGUUCCAAGUUCCCAAAGGACACGGGCACAAAGGAAAACUCGGGGAUGACACCGGUACAGCGCGAGGGACCUCCCUCCAUGACUCCUUCAGUCAGCCUGUCGCAUCAGCCGAGCAAGUCGUUUGAUGUCAACACUGCCGACAUCACCGUAAGUAGCAUCUACAGCAGCACUUCUAAGCACCAGGAGAAGCCCAAGGGUCCAAACAAGAGCUCUUCUUUGCGACACAGCACACCUACUUUUGCUGGAGACCUUCACCAUCAGACGGCACCCACGCCUUCGGGUCUCAGUUUGUCUCAGAUUCCGUCGGAGUUGUCCACCCCCUCCACCCCAGACACCUUGACAUCGCCCCAGCUUGCUGGCAGUGACUUUGAUGGCUUCUAAUUUGUGGGUUUUUACUUCUCAUUAAUUGUUUCAAAUGUUCUUAAACAUCAUCAUGGAAUUAAAGAUGAGUUGCAAUUAUUUUACUUCUGUAUAACUUUGUAUACACACAGGUUUAAAUAAAGGAUACAGAAAAUGCA